ACGUCGCGUACAACGGCCGCGGUUUGUCAGAAUUGCACACAUGAACGACUAUGAACGCCAGCGUCUGGCUAAUAUCGCCAAGAACAGAGCUCUGCUGGCUGAGCUUGGUCUCGAGAGGCCUGCGCCUGCCCCAGCGACCAUUGCGCCUGCUCGAGCACCGAAGCCCGGAUCCGCGUCAGUCAGGAAGAGAAAGGUCUCACCUGCGCUGUAAGUCCAUUACAAUUGACGGAACACUCCAGAUGACCGUAAUCUAACUGGUUUACAGAACUGAGAAGACCGUCAAAACCGAGGCCGAUGAUACUACGUCAGCUUACGGCCGCCGCAAAAGCCGUCGUCUUUCGAAGGCACCUGCUCGAUACAUUGAGGAAUCAGAUGAUCAAUCAUUUAAGCGGAACACGAACGAAAUGGACUCGGAUGACUCAUCUUCUGACGGCGAGCGCCCCAGAUCAAGAGGAUCGCGACCCGGCAAAACCCGACCAACCGGCAUCAACCCGAACACAUUCGGCGCCAUCCCUGGUGUUCCGGUAGGCAUGAUAUUCAAGACUCGCCAGGAGGCAUCAUAUUGGGGUAUUCACGCGCCCUGGGUCUCUGGAAUAUCCGGUAACACGACAGAUGGCUGUCACUCCAUCGCGCUAUCAGGUGGUUACGAAGACGAUGUCGACGAAGGUUUCCGGUUCACGUACACCGGUUCUGGUGGCCGUGAUCUUAAAGGUACUGCGAAAAACCCGAAGAACCUCCGAACUGCUCCGCAAACAAGCGAUCAGAGCUUUGAUCAUCGAUACAAUCAGAUGCUGAAGAUCAGCUGCGACACAGGGCGACCGGUUCGGGUUCUGCGUGGGUUCAAGGGGCAUAGUGAAUGGGCUCCAAUCGAAGGAUAUCGCUACGAUGGAUUGUACACGUGCCUUAACGCGUGGAGGGAGAAAGGAAUGUCCGGAUUCUUAGUGUGCAAAUACGUGUUCAAGCGAUGCGAUGGCCAGCCGCCCCUCCUUACGAGAGGAGAGAUUGAGAAGCUCGAAACGUCGACGAAUGCUGUUCCCACAGGGGACGCUGAAACGACGGGGGACGUUGAACAGGAUGUCACUGAACCAUCCGCGGAACGUAAACCGGUUGAGGACGUUGAAUCGAAGGAGAACGCUGAAUCGACUGAGGUCGCUCAACCGGAGGUCACCGAACCAGAAAAUUAAUCAGAAGGUGAAUUAGAAGCUUAACGUACGGGAAAAUAUACUCCAACCAGCACGGGUGUCCUGCACCUUGCUUAAUUGCUCUGCUGCCAUCUCGAGACAUUUCCGCUUGACCUCAUCUCCCUUGCUCCCUUGCUUAACCGAAUCAUCUUCUUUCAUAAUACAACGCACUUUUUUCUCAGUUUCUUCAGGCUAUCAUUCCCGAUUGCCGUGUUCACCGCCAGGUCAAACACCUCUUUGACGUUCUUAUUCUCUUUUGACGAGCACUCGACAUACUGUGCACGCAUCUGCUCCGCAACCGCCGUAGCCUGCUGAAAUGUAACCGGUGUUUGUCCUUGUGCCCUGAGCAGAUCCAAACACAAGCGAUUAUGGCGCAGAUCACUCUUCAGCCCAACUAAAACCACCGGCGUACUUGGACAGAAAUGUUGCACCUCUGGCC